GCUACAAUUUCAUUGCUAGUUGGUGACGAUGCAUCAGCUGGCUGGUAACCUCUUUCUCGUUGAUUGCUUCGCUAUUAUUGCAUUGAGUUGCUUCACACUUCUGGGACUUGCUCAGCUGCCUAAGUUGCCCCAACAGGAAGUUAUCACUAUGAGGGAUCCUCCUUUCGAGACUGCCGAAAGCGCUUUAUAUGCAUAUAAGCGCUUUUGUUACAAACAUGUUCGAAUUUUAUCGACAAUCCAAGUGCUUCCCGAAGAAGAGUUAGGUGCUUCUCAAUGCAAAAGGCACUAAAAAGUUUUGUUGUCAAUCGUAAUCUGAAGUGCUUUCAGUCGUUAGAACCUUCCAUAAGCAAUCUAGAGAAUAUAUAAGCUCCUUUAUCAAAAUUGCAUCUAGUCUUGGCAUUCACUCAUUGAUUGUUUACAGUAUUGAUAUGCUACAGCUAUGAUGCUUAUAGUAUUGUUUGAGUUUGGAUGCCUUUUAGUUGAUGCUCUCCAAGAAAUCGCUACCACGAUGGGUGCAAAAUAUUGGACUUUUAACGCCGAUGCUUGCCGAAUUGAAACCGUGGGUCUAACAAAGAAGCAACCGAAGGGAUCCCAGGCAAAUACUGAUUGUGAUUGCAACUUUGAGAACAGCACUGUUUGUCAUGUUGCAACGCUAACGCUCAAGGGUUACAGUUUACCUGGGUUGCUUCCGCCUCAACUCGUCAAGCUUCCUUACCUUCGAAAAAUUGAUUUUGCUUACAACUAUCUCAGUGGUACAACACCGCAGGAAUGGGCUUCAACGAAACUAACUUAUAUCUCUGUUCUUGUCAAUCAGUUAUCGGGGCAAAUCCCAAAGGAUUUAGGAAAGAUUACCACUCUGACAUUCCUGAACCUUGAGGGGAACCAAUUUUCUGGUAUUGUUCCUACUGAGCUUGGGAAUUUGGUUAAUUUGCAGACUUUGAUGCUUUCCUCCAAUCAGCUGACUGGAUACUUGCCAGAGGCGUUUUCUGGGCUAAGGAUGUUAAAAGAUUUCCGAAUAAAUGAUAACAACUUUAGUGGAACACUACCCGAUUGGGUACAGAAUUGGAAAAAACUCACAAGAUUGGAAAUGCAUUCGAGUGGACUGGAAGGACCGAUUCCAUCUAAUAUUUCUCUCUUGAACAAUUUGGAAGAGUUGAGAAUUAGUGACACAAAUGGACCAUAUCAGGAAUUUCCUUUGCUGAGAAAUAUGACAAGCCUAGUAAGAUUGGUUUUGAGGAACUGCAAUAUUUCCGGAGAAAUCCCCGCAUAUAUCUGGUCCAUGAAGAAUCUAGAGAUGUUGGAUGUCAGUUUCAACAAGUUAGCAGGCCAACUUCCAUCCACGAUAGGAGCUGAGCGUCUAAAAUUUGUCUUUUUGACUGGCAACCUGCUAAGUGGAAACGUGCCAAGGUCAAUCUUGCGAGAUGGAAGUAAUGUUGAUUUGUCGUACAAUAACUUCACAUUUCAAGGCCCUGAGAAACUGGAUUGCAAAAAAUACUUGAAUCGAAGUCUAAAUUUGUAUCGGAGCUCUUCAGAGAAGAACAACUUAAGGGGAAUUCUUCCAUGCUUGAAGAAUUUAAAGUGCCCACGAUAUUCAAACUGUAUGCAUAUUAAUUGUGGUGGGAGUGACAUAAUUGUCGAGGACGAGAAUAACGCGAACGUCAUGUUUGAAGGAGAUGGAGGAGUUGAAGGUGGCAGUGCUAAAUAUUAUAGGAACGAGAAAAGUAUGUGGGGAUUUAGUAGCACCGGAGACUUCAUGGAUGACUUCGAGCUGCAGAAUACACACUACUCUGUAUCUCUAGAAUCUUCCAAUCUUUCUGAGCUAUAUACAACAGCACGCGGAUCUCCGCUUUCACUUACUUAUUUCCACUAUUGUUUAGAAAAUGGGAUUUACACUAUAACUCUCCACUUUGCGGAGAUUGAAUUCACUAAUGACAAGAGAUACAUUAGUCUUGGGAGGCGAAUUUUCGAUAUCUAUGUUCAGGACAAGUUGGUGUGGAAGGAUUUCAAUAUUGAACAUGAGGCAGGCAUGGCACAAAAGAGAUUAGUUAAGCGAGUAGAUAAUGUCAAUGUGACAAGUAACGUCUUAGAGAUCCGGUUCUACUGGGCUGGAAAAGGGACAACAAGGAUUCCGGAGAGAGGACACUAUGGUCCCCUCAUAUCAGCUGUCUCUGUGGUUUCCAACUUUAAACCGUGUACAAAUGGUGGAAUUGUGCGAACCAUUUACAUCAUUGCCGGUGUUGUUGGGGGAAUCUGCCUAACACUAUUCAUACUAGCAAUCCUUUGGUGGAAAGGAUGUUUGCGAGGAAAAAGAGGGAGACAAAAAGAUCUUCUUGGACGAGAUAUGCAGAUGGGGACUUUUACUUUGAAACAAAUAAAAGCUGCUACUAAUGACUUUGAUUCUGCUAAAAAGAUUGGAGAAGGUGGCUUUGGUCCUGUCUACAAGGGUCACUUACCUGAUGGUUCAUUGAUAGCAGUUAAGCAGCUGUCAUCCAAUUCAAGGCAAGGAAAUCGUGAAUUUUUAAACGAGAUGGGCAUGAUAACUUGUUUGCAACACCCGAAUUUAGUGACACUGCAUGGAUGCUGUAUUGAAGGGGAUCAAUUAUUACUGGUGUACGAAUACAUGGAAAACAAUAGUCUUGCGAAUGCCUUAUUUGGCCAGGAGAACCGGAUAAACCUGGACUGGGCUACAAGGGUUAAGAUCUGUACCGGGAUAGCAAGAGGUUUAGCUUUUCUGCAUGAAGAAUCAAGACUCAAGAUUGUUCACAGAGACAUAAAAACCACCAAUGUGCUGCUGGAUGGGGAUUUGAACCCUAAAAUAUCGGAUUUUGGAUUGGCUAAACUUUAUGAUGAAGAGAAAACACACGUCAGCACCAAAGUUGCAGGAACCAUAGGAUAUAUGGCCCCAGAAUAUGCGUUAUGGGGUCACUUGACCUACAAGGCAGAUGUUUACAGUUUCGGAGUUGUUGUGUUGGAAAUUGCUAGUGGAAAGAAGAACAGUUAUGUGCCAAGUAACGCUUGUGUCUCUCUCGUUGACUGGGCCAAUCAGUUGCAACAAGGUGGAAACUUGAAGGAGCUGAUAGAUGAGAGCUUAGUGAGUGAAGUCAAUGACAAAGAAGCAGAAGUAAUGGUUAAAGUCGGUUUGCUGUGCACGAAUGUUUCUCCGUCACUUAGGCCUACCAUGUCCGAGGUGGUGAGCAUGCUUGAAGGACAAACAACAGUCCCAGACACGAAGCCAGAAGCAAGUAUUAUGCACUGUGAAGAUUUGAGGCUCAAGGCCGUGAAAGAUCGACAUCAUCAAGGGCAAGCACAAAGUUCAAGUGGAAGCCAAUCCGAGAAUUUGGCAACUUCUAGUACAGGUUUGCUCUUCCUCGCCAUGAAUCGAGUUCAAUCAAAUUUGAAUCAAGAUCCUGAGGACAUCAUGCAUAGUAGCAGUCUAGCUAGUUGUCUAUCCUUCUCUUGUAAUUUUUUCAUACUAAUUGUUGCGAGUUUCUUUAGCAAAUACAUAUGCUCUUCCUUAAAAAAAAUACUAAAUAUUUAGAACGCUUGUUUGACUAGGAUAUCUUUCACACCAAAGAUGUGUAUUUAUAAGCAAGCAGUCUGCAUGGUAUCGUAUUAUUCUCGUUCUUGACUAAUACAUAAGGAAUGAAAAAUUGGGUUUCAAGUUGAAA